GGAGGGGGACUAUGGGGCUCUGAGGGAGGUGCACCCCGCCGCACCGAGCUGCUCACCCACCGUCCCCGGUCGGAGCAGGAGGCGCCGCAGCGUGCGGAGCCGGCUGGGCUUGCGGCUCGGGCUCCGGGCCGGGACCGGGAUCGGGCUCGGGGCCGCGACAGGCCCAGCUGCUGUCCCGAGAGGCGGAGAAGGCGAAGUAGGGGAAAAAAAGAAAAUAGAAGUUAUCAAGAUGAGUAAAAAGCCUCCAAGUCGUCCAGGGAUCACGUUCGAGAUUGGUGCUCGUUUGGAAGCACUGGACUACUUACAAAAAUGGUAUCCAUCUCGCAUUGAGAAAAUAGACUAUGAAGAGGGAAAGAUGUUGGUCCAUUUUGAACGUUGGAGUCAUCGCUAUGACGAGUGGAUUUAUUGGGACAGCAAUAGAUUACGACCCCUGGAAAGACCAGCACUAAGGAAAGAAGGGCUAAAAGAUGAUGAUGAAUUUGUUGAUUUUAAACCUGGAGAAGAGGUGCUGGCUCGUUGGACAGACUGUCGAUAUUAUCCUGCUAAGAUUGAAGCAAUUAACAAGGAGGGAACCUUCACAGUACAGUUCUAUGAUGGAGUUAUUCGAUGCCUAAAAAGGAUGCAUAUCAAAUCUAUGCCUGAGGAUGCCAAAGGGCAGGCGCGCGAGAGGGAGCAGAUAGCGCCGGAGCUGAGAUUAGUGACGGAAAUCGAACCAAAAGAAGAUUGGAUAGCUUUGGUCAAAGCUGCUGCUGCAGCAGCAGCAGCCAAGAACAAAGCAGGAAGUAAACCUCGGACCAGUGCAAACAGCAAUAAAGAUAAAGAGGAGAGAAAAUGGUUUAAAGUACCUUCAAAGAAGGAAGAAACCUCAACCUCUACAAUCAUGCAGGAAGUACAGAAAAAGGAAGAGGAGCCUACAUCUAGUGAACCAUUUGUAGGAUUCCCAGUAGUGGACGUUCCAAAGAUGGCGUUUGUGCGGGCAGAGAGCACAUUAUCGCACAAGAGGAAAAGUAAUCUAGGCAGCUCAUUUCAGGCAAAGAGAGCUCGUCUUAACAAGAUCACUGGUUUGUUGGCAUCCAAAGCUGUUGUUGUGGAUGGUGCUGAAAAAAAGGAAGGCAACAAAGAAACAGCUCCAGUCCUGGAGCAGGAGAUUUCACCUAAACCUCAAAGUCAGAAAAAAAAUGAAGCUGAUAUUAGCAGUUCUGCCAACUCUCAGAAACCUGCACUGUUAUCCUCAACUUUGUCUUCAGGAAAGGCUCGCAGCAAGAAAUGCAAACAAGAAUCUGGAGAUUCUUCUGGGUGUAUAAAGCCCCCUAAAUCACCACUUUCCCCAGAGUUAAUACAAGUCGAGGAUUUGACGCUGGUCUCUCAGCUUCCUUCUUCUGUGAUAAAUAAAACUAGUCCGUCACAACCAGUGAAUCCCCCUAGAUCCUACAAAUAUAGCCAGAGGAGAAGAAGAUCACAGCGUUUAGCCACUUGCUUGUUGCCUGAUGAGUCUAUACAAAAAGUUCCUUCUCCCUCUCCAGUCACUGAUGGAAAAGUGUUCUCCAUCAGUGCUCAAAAUCAACAGCCAUCAAUAUCAGAGGUACCUGAUGUUGCUCAUAUGUCACUUGAGAAGCGUGGACCAUGUCUCCCUCUUGACUUAAGCCGUAGUUUGGAAGUUACAGCGCCAUUAUCCACAGAAUCCACUUUCCGUAAUGAGUACCCCAGUAAAGAAAAGGAAGAUACUCAGAUGAUUACAUAUCAUUCUUCCAAAGCAGUAACUGAUGGAAGAGUAGCUACAACAGCGUCAGCACCCUCGUCCCAUGUACAUGCCUUACAUCUGGAAAUGCCUUUAACCAAUAGCCUAAAGUUACCCAAAGGGAAUAGUGAAAAAAAGAGGUCCUCCACGUCAGUCAGCUCUGAUGGGACAGAGAUACAGUUCUCUGUGCCUGUAAAGGAGAAAUGUUUUGAGAAUCUGCAGGAAAAAAUGUUAAAGAAGAUCAUUGAGAAAGACAAGCAUUCAGAAGUUGGUAUAUUGAAAACUGAAAAAAAAGUGAAAUUGGAAGAGAAAAGCUCAUCGUCAAUUGGUAAAAAGAAGGAAAAAGAGAAAGAGAAAAAAGAGAAAAAGGAAAAAGAUCAUAAAUCAAAACAGAAGAAGAAGAAGAAAAAGAAGAAGAAAUCUAAACAGCAUGGUGAGUUCAAUAAGGAAGAAGGUAAAGACAGAAAAGUAAGACAAAAAGUAAAGAUCAAAUACUAUCUUGUUCUGAUUAGUGGUUGUUACUGACUGAAAAUAUUGAACAUUCAUACUGAAUUAUUGAACAGUUCAGAAACAAGUUCUGAAAUAUCAGAAAUUACCAAAAGGAGGUGUGUUGGUCUUGAAAUUUCACGUAGCAAAGGCACUUUGAUCUGGUAUUUCCUCUCCUUCUCCCUUUAGAUCCCAUCUCUGGGUGAUCAUGUCUACUCAUGGCUUUAACUACUAUUCUUACACCAGUGACAUGUAGAUACACUUCUCCACUCCAGCCUCCCUCCACUCAGUUCUGCAUCUCAGACUUUCACAUACAUCCCUGACUAUCUCACUGCUUACUUUUAUCUUCACGUUUAGGUUGUGUCUAAAUCUUGCCAAUUCUUUCUGCAUAACAUCUUUAAGAUACAGCCUUUCCUAUCCAUCCUGAUAGCUGAAACUUGCAUGCAGGCUGUCAUCAUCUCACAUCUCAGUUACCUCAACAUCCUUUUCGCAGGCUUUGACAAAUGCACUCUUGCCCUGCUCAUAUCCAGUCAGAAUGCUGCUGUGAUCAUUUUCCUAGCCUGUCUCUUUAACUAUGUUACCUGUGUCUUUGCAUCCCACCACUGGUUCCCCCUCCUUUGUUGUAUCAAAGAUUAGCUACUUGUCUUCAUUUUCAAGACCCUUCAUGGCCUGCUCCUACCCUCAUAUCAUCUCUCAUUCACUAUUGAGAUGUUCACUUCUGCAUCUGAUCAGCACAUGAUGCCAGUCUUCAUAGCCCACUCAUUGUUUGCAAACGAGCACUUUUGUGAUUUCUCCUAGGCCUGGUCUACACUACGCGUUUAAAUCGAUUUAAAGAGCGUUAAAUCGA